UUCUCUCUAGUUCAAUUCAUUACGCGCUUCCCAGAAUCGCUUGCCGAACUAGCCGCUUCAUUGGCCAGGCCCACGCUUUGUCCUACCGAGUCACUCGCAAGAGGAUAGAGCUAUCCGUCGCAAUGGCCUUUCUAAUCCUAGUAAUUGGCGACCUACACAUACCUGACCGGGCGCUCGACAUCCCUCCAAAGUUCAAGAAGCUCCUCUCCCCAGGCAAAAUUGCGCAGACGCUCUGCUUGGGCAAUCUGACCGACCGCGCGACCUACGACUACCUGCGCAGCAUAUCCCCGGAUCUCAAGAUGGUCAAGGGGCGAAUGGACGUGGAGGCGACGUCCCUGCCGCUCAGCCAGGUGGUGACGCACGGGGCAGUGCGCAUUGGCUUUCUAGAGGGCUUCACGCUGGUUAGCGACGAGCCUGACGUGCUGCUGGCCGAGGCCAACCGGCUGGACGUGGACGUGCUGUGCUGGAGCGGCGGGACGCACCGUUUCGAGUGUUUCGAGUACAUGGACAAGUUCUUUGUGAAUCCCGGGAGUGCCACGGGCGCCUUCACGACGGACUGGGCUGCUGAAGGGGAGGAAGGGGAGGUGGUGCCAAGUUUCUGUCUGAUGGAUGUACAAGGGAUUUCCCUGACGCUCUAUGUCUAUCAGUUGAGGAAAGGCGAGAACGGGGCGGAGAAUGUGGCGGUUGAGAAGGUCACGUACACCAAGCCGGUCGAGCCGACAGGGGCAUCAUGAAGGCGAUGGUGAUGGUGAUUGCGGCAGUGAUGUGGUGAUCAAGAACCUAGUGGCCCAAGAACUGUCUAAUGCUGCUCGGGAGGCAAGGGACCCGGCUUGAUGAGGAGGCAGCGAUGAUGGAUCAUCAAGGGCACCAGGACUUCCUUUCGAUAA